AUGCUGGAGUUUGCGGAGAAAGUUGGGUGGAGGAUUCAGAAGCAUGACGAGGCAGCGGUGGAGGAGUUUUGUGGAGAGACUGGAGUGAAGCGACAGGUUCUCAAGGUUUGGAUGCACAACAACAAGCACACCCUCGGUAAGAAAUUAGGGCCUUAA